AUGAUACGUGAUAACUCGUAUGCCUUUAUUUACGAGGAUGACGAUGACUGUAUUCAUGCGCAAAGAGGGGUCAAAAGGGAACACACUUCAGAGUUAAUAACUCCACUAUCUACAUAUAAUUACACACACAAAUUAUACAACCAUAACGAUCAGCUGGAUAACGUAGGAAGUAAAAGGAGGAGAAUCAACAACACCGCUGAUUCUGGAUUAUGUAGCAGCUUGAAGAAGUCAAAAACGGGUCGACGCAUUCCGGAAAUUGUCAUCAAGCAAGCUCAUUUGGAGAAGUCGCAGCUGAAAGAUAUAUUUGAAACCUUUGUUGGAUUGGAAUACAUCCCCCCAAAGUGUGGAAAUAAAACAAUGCUGGACAAAGAAAGUGCAGACUUUUUCGAAAAUCGAAUUUCAGUAUUGCUUUUCCUGUUUGAUUGUUCGAACUUCUCAUACCUCAAGUUCUUUGAAUUGUUUCCUCAGAAAAAUAUCAAGGUAAUAGGGAUAACUCCGGAGUUUGGGCUCUACAAUGACCAGUCAUACCCUAUUGUUCUUGAUAAGAAUGGCGACAUUGCAAAGCAAUUAAGUAUACGAAAUCCCCUAGGUGGUGGCAUCUAUCCGAUUCCGUCCAUAAUCUUGUUUGACUCUUCUCAGACAGAAAUCUUCAGAAUCAAAUUGGGAUAUGAUUACAAUGUUUAUUACGAUUCAUCGGUCGAGAACAAUUUGCAAAGCGUUCUAAUAGAAGGUGUAAAUUAUGCGGUCAGCACCUGA